AUGUACGGACACAACAGCACCGCAUUCCCACGCGCCGCCGACUUCCAGUUCCAGGGCUCGCCACCGGCUCAUCCGUUGCUUUAUCAUGAGCAGCUGCUCGUCUCGGCUGAGUUCAGCAACAGCUGCAGCAGCGGCUCCAGCAGCUACGGCGCCUCCCCGAUCAGCAGCUGGACUGGUGGUGGCGCUACGCUGAUUCAGCGCAGCGUCAGCAGCCAUUCGCUCCAGAAGACCUCUUGCGGGACCCACAGGCUGGUCUCCGACUUGCUCGAGUCGGAGACCGGCCCCGUCCGUAGGGUUUACAGCACCGGAGACUUGGAUUUGCAGCUGAUAAAUAAUAUGAACAAUGGAAUGCCACAGCAAUUGCAAUAUUGUGGUUACAAUAGAUCAUCAUCAGAAACUAGUCCCUUGUCGAGUGAGAGCAGUAUGAUCAUAGAAGGGAUGAGCAAAGCCUGUCGAUAUAAUCCUGAGGAGAAGAAAGAGAGAAUUGAGAGGUAUAGAAACAAGCGCAACCUCAGGAACUUCAACAAGACCAUUAAGUAUGCUUGCCGGAAGACGUUGGCGGACAGCCGGCCACGCAUCAGAGGACGAUUUGCAAGGAAUGACGAAAUUGAGAAGAACUCUCCUGUUCAGUGGAGUCACGUAAGUGGGGAGGAAGACGAGGAGGACGGCGAUAGCUGGAUCAACCUUCUGGAUGCAUUCUCUUCUAUUGAAUCUAAUUCCAUGAUCUAG